AUGAAUAGUCGCGUUAUAAACAUUAUUCUACCUAUUAUUGCUAUUAUUAUUUAUAUAUGUAUCAAUUUUGUGUACAUAUUUUUUGCAAAAGAUCGUUAUGCACCAGUUAUUGAAAAUAUUCAAAAAGGUGAUAAAAUGCAGUUGGAUUUUAUCGCUGCCGGUGUUUGUUAUGCAAUUUUGGGUCUUGGAUGGUAUUUUAUUGGUGUAACAUUAGCAUUAGCAUAUUUUGAUAAAUUAAAACAACGUUCACCUACUUGGUCACCAUUAGUAUCAAGUGCAUUAAGUGGACUUGUUGGUGGUGUUGUUUAUGGACUUGUUCUAUUUGGUGUUCAUAAUGCAAGUCUACGUUCAUUGUUUUCUAAUCAAUAUCCACUCGAUCUUGUUUUACAAGAUAUAGCAUGGGGUGCACUUUAUAAUAUGGUCUUUACAAGUGUUUAUAUGAUUAUUUGGCGAAAACUUACAAAUCCUGUCGAUUUAUAA